AUGCAGGCCAUUUCGAAGCGUGUCGGGCACCAAUACCUGACUCCCUCGUCUUCAAUCUCGUCGCUCAAGUCAAUCUACCCUGUUUCCGAUCACUAUUAUGGAGCUGAUCGUCCGAAGUACGGAUCUACCCUCGCCACUAAGGGAGUGGGGCACCUUGUGCGCAAGGGCACAGGUGGAAGAUCAUCUGUUAGUGGCAUUGUUGCUGCAGUUUUUGGAUCUACAGGGUUCCUUGGUCGUUAUCUUGUACAACAACUUGCCAAAAUGGGAAGUCAGGUGUUAGUUCCUUUCCGUGGUUCUGAGGAUUCCCAUCGUCAUCUGAAGUUGAUGGGGGAUUUGGGACAGAUAGUACCUAUGAAAUACAAUCCGAGAGAUGAAGAUUCAAUUAAGGCAGUCAUGGCGAAAGCUAAUGUGGUUAUCAAUCUCAUUGGGAGGGAUUAUGAGACAAGAAACUUUAGCUUUGAGGAAGUGAAUCAUUCCAUGGCCGAACAACUGGCAACGAUUUCCAAGGAACAUGGUGGUAUCAUGAGAUUUAUUCAAGUGUCUUGCUUAGGGGCAUCUUCCUCAUCACCCUCCAGAUUUCUAAGGGCUAAAGCUGCUGCAGAGGAAGCAGUAUUACGUGAAUUGCCAGAGGCCACUGUUUUGAGACCUGCUGUGUUGAUUGGUACGGAGGACCGAAUUUUGAAUCGCUGGGCCUUUUUUGCGAAGAAAUAUGGCUUUCUUCCACUUAUUGGGGAUGGAUCUACCAAAAUCCAACCUGUAUAUGUUGUUGAUGUUGCUGGGGCAAUCGUGGCAGCCUUGAAAGAUGAUGGCACCAGCAUGGGAAAAGUUUAUGAACUUGGUGGGCCUGAGGUCUUUACAGUGCAUCAAUUGGCAGAGCUAAUGUUUGAGACAAUACGUGAAUGGCCUCACUACGUGAAGGUUCCUCUCCCAAUUGCAAAGGCAAUUGCAGCGCCUCGAGAAAUAUUACUAAACAAAGUUCCAUUUCCAUUACCUAAUCCUGAAAUCUUCAACCGAGAUCAAAUCCUUGCCCAAGCUACAGAUACAGUCGUCUCAGAAAAUUCUUUGACUUUCAGUGAUCUUGGACUUGUGCCCCAUAAGCUGAAGGGUUACCCUGUUGAGUUUCUUAUCCAAUAUCGCAAGGGUGGCCCGAAUUAUGGUUCUACAGUCAGUGAAAGAGUGUCUCCAGAUGCUUGGCCAUGA